GGGGGGCUAGUUUUUGCAACGGCAAAAGGCUUGUGGGUUUAUGAUAAGGCGGAGCUCCACCGGAGAGGAGCGGGCAGGAGCUGAGCUGAGCGGAAAGGAGCCCAGCGGUGGAGAGCGGACUGCAGCCGGCAGAGCCCGCAGUCCUCGCCGAAGACAGGCGCGCGGUGGACAUUGCCCGAGGGAGCCGCGCGGGGCGAACCGGCAGAGCCGGCCCGGAGCCCCGCACAGCCCAGACCCGCGCAGCCCCGGCCCACGCUCUCGUCGCCGGUCCGGGCAGCAUGAGGCGCGCGGCGCUCUGGCUCUGGCUCUGCGCGCUGGCGCUGCGCCUGCAGCCGGCCCUCCCGCAAAUUGUGGCCACAAAUGUGCCCCCCGAAGAUCAGGAUGGCUCUGGGGAUGACUCUGACAAUUUCUCUGGCUCUGGCGCAGGUGCUCUGCCGGACCCCACCGUGUCACAGCAGACCCGCUCCACCGGGAGGGACAUGGGGCUCCUGACAGCCCCGCCCAUGGCCCCGGAGCCCACUGGCAUGGACACCAUUGCCCCCUCCGCCUCCAUCCUGCCGGCUGGAGAGGGGCCCCAGGAGAGGGAGAGGGUGGUUCUGGCGGAGCUAGAGCCUGGCUUCACCACCCGGGAGAAGGGGAUCACCCAUCCACCCAGGGAGACCACACCGCAGCCCACCACCCACUGGGUGUCAACAGCGAGAGCCGCCACAGCCCAGGCACCUGCCACCUCCCAUGCCCACAGGGACGUACAGCCUGACCACCAUGAGACUUCAGCUCCCACAGGACCCGGCUUGCUCGACCCUCAUCCUCCUGGCGUGGAGGAUGGAGGUCCUUCGGCCACCGAGAGGGCUGCUGAGGAUGGAGCCUCCACCCAGCUCCCUGAGGGCUCUGGGGAGCCGGACUUUACUUUCGACCUGUCUGGAGAGAACACGGCCGGGACUGCUGUGGAGCCUGACCAGCGGAAUCAGCCCCCAGCGGAUCAGGGGGCCACAGGGGCCUCGCAGAGCCUCCUGGACAGGAAGGAGGUGCUGGGAGGGGUCAUCGCCGGAGGCCUCGUGGGGCUCAUCUUUGCCGUGUGCCUGGUGGGUUUCAUGCUGUACCGGAUGAAGAAGAAGGAUGAGGGCAGCUACUCCUUGGAGGAGCCGAAGCAAGCCAACGGCGGGGCCUACCAGAAGCCCAGCAAGCAGGAAGAGUUCUACGCCUGAUGGGGACCGCUUCCCUGCCCCCCCUCGCAGGCCCCACCGCCUCGUCCAUGAAGAACCGCAGGCCCUGCUACCACACCGCCGCCCGGCCCUGCUGGCCCGCUCCCUGCCCGCGGAGUCCCGGGGCACACUGGGGGUUCUCUGCUUCUCCAACCUCUGCCUGGAGACUUGGGUGCGGGGCGCUCUCGCGUAUGACCUCUCCCCCAGCCAGCACCUGGCAUCUCACCGUUCUGACUCCGUUUCCCCAGAGUGGAGCAGUGCCUUCUCAGCUCUGGAGAGAAAAUAGACCCUGUUGGAGCCGGCUGGCCCACUGUGGCUGGAGGAUGCUGGGGGCUGACACCCCCGUAGCACUUACUGGAAAGACGGACCGUCUUGGGGGCGUGCGCUGCCGAGUGGCGGGGAGAGGAGUCCAGGGCCCACUGAGUUCACUUUGUUUGGUGGGGAGGUCUGCUUUAGAUAUCGACUUGUUUUUGCACAUGUUUCCUCUAGUUUCUUUGUUCAUAGCCCAGUAGACUUUGUUACUUCUGAGGUAAGUUAAGUAAGUUGAUUUGGUUAUCCCCCAUCUUCCCUAAUCCACGGUGAGGAGAUAGCAUCAGCGCUAAAGAAGACUUUCUUUUUUUUUUUGAACUAGAAGAACCAAAUCUGGAAGCUACCAUAUAGGCUGAGUUUGUGUGUUGUCUCUGAGUUUGUUGCUCACGCAUGCAGCGGGGUCUGAAGUGUGUCUUGGGCGGCCCUGCCGGCGGGCUGGCCCAUCCCAGCUGCCGUGGGCAGUCACCUCCUUCAAGCAGUCGUCCCUGUGUCUGUGGACUUGGGGCUGCUGCUGGGGCCUGUGUGAGAACUGAAUCCUGACCCCUCAGCCUGGGGCGGAGGAGGACCGUGGGGUGGGGGGUGGCCGUGGGCCCAGAGGGUCUCCCACAGGCGCCAUUUCUGGGGGGACACUUUCUCCUAGAAGGUGACGAGAGAGAUGUGGGCACGCCUGGCACUGAGCUGCUCCACGAAGGACCAGGCUCACCUUUGCUUAGCUCCUGUGGCCCUGCCUUGGGCUGAAAUCAGGAAUGUUCCAAAGAGUGAUAGUCUUUUGCUUUUGGCAAAACUCUACUUAAUCCAAUGGGUUUUUCCCUGUACAGUAGAUUUUCCAAAUGUAAUAAACUUUAAUAUAAAGUAAUCACGUGAGCGCUACCACUGUCACGUCUUCUCUCUGUGCCCAUGGUGUGGAUGUGAGCGGCCUUUCCUCUAAACACCAGCGGUACCAGGAAACUUGGCUAAAAGCUCUGUGCCUUUCUUUCCGGUGGGAGUGAUUCUGGGGCCGGAGGCCCUCUGGCUUUUUUUGUUGUUGUUUUUGUCUUUGCUAGAAAUCUCCUGGAGGGCGGUAGGUUCAGCCAAGGUUAUGAGACCUGAUGUAAAUGUCUGUCGCCAAGCUCCAAGCGCCGGCUUCCUAAGUGGCUGAAGAAGCUGUGACCGCCCCCCGGCGCAGCCUGACCCCAGGCCGCCGGAGCCAAGGCCUGCCUCAGACGCCCGGGCUAGUCCUCUCACACCUUUGCCGGGACCACAGGCCCCCUAGCCCAGGGCUCCUGGGAACUCCUGUCCUUGCUUUAAUUUGACAACCUUCCAGCUGCUGUGUUGGCACCCCCCACCCGAGGGGGGCUGUCUGUGAUUCAGAGUGACGCACCGCCAGAUGAAGGGAACCUGGGCCCUGUGUUCAGUACUGGACUUUCUGCCCAGAGUGUGUGACCGGAUAUGACUUCAGGGGUGGGCAAGGGGUCCGUGGCUGCUCAUGUCUGCUGGCCUGUGGGGCGGUGCCGAGCCUGUGGCUGGGCCCAUUCGUGUAACUAAUAAAUGGUACUUGUCAUUUCGG